UGCCACACACUACUUCAUCUGACAAGUUGUUGAACUUCCACUGCAGGCGCAGAUAAUGCUAGGAAUGGUGACUCCUCAAGUGUUGCAGAUGCCUAAUAUUCGGCAGGCUUCAGUUCCACCCACACAGCCUGUGUUACAAGAUGGUCAACAGGGUCAGCAGCUAGCAGUUCAAACUCUUAGUGGGCUACCCCCUCUUGCACAGAGCAAGAUGCAGCUUGGGUUGAUGCCCAAAGGACAAGAAGGCCAAGUGUCUGCCAUGCCUCAUAAUUCUUUGGUUCAUAGCCAGUUUUCUGCACUUCCACAACAGCCGGCACAGCCUCAAAUUCAGCUUCCACCCCAAGGCCACAACCAAGCUCUACAACAAGCCACAUUUGCUGGACAGUCAGGAGUUACGGCGCUUCCAUCUGUACGCCCACAGCCGCCAGCCAAAUUGCCUGUUAGGCCACAAAUUCAGGUGGCAUCUUCCUCUUCUUUGAAGCAUCAAAUGCAACCCCCUUUGUUACAACAACCAGGACAGUUUGGAUCUGCAAAUUCAGGGCAUAAUAGUCAGCUGGUUAUUCCAAAUGCAACUCUUCGACCUACACUUAUGACUCGUCCUUCAUUCCCAGAUCCAGGCUUUCAGCCUGGCUCCUCAACAUUUUCGAGCAUUCCGGAGACAACUAAUAACAAUGCUGAUAGAUCUUCUCAAGUUACUAAUAACACCUAUUCAAACAUGCCUUCGGGGUUAUCUAUGAAAAAAAGCAUGGCCCGUGAUACUUCUGAACCAAUGAAUCACCCUUCAAAAAUGGUGAAAUUGGAUGAUGGACGGAGGGCCCCUUUUUCUACUGUGGGUUUGAAUUUAUCUACCAGUUCUGCACCUGCAUCUGGACCAUCCCAAGUUCUUGGAAUUGGCUCAGUCUCUGCAAACCAAAUAAGUAAAGCAGAAGAAGUGCAACACAUGGAUAAGAAGGCCCCUCAGAUGGUUACUGUGAAUAAGAGAAGUUCAAAAUAUCAAAUGCUGCCUCAUAUCCAUUGACUAGGGUAAACUGAUAACCUGAUGCAUGCAAUCCUAUCAUUUCCAUUUUAUAAGCAAAACAACAUAUUGAGGUCUUAGUUUCUGCUUUUUAAAUCUUUCCAUGAAUCUCGUUAAGUAUGAAUUACAUCUGCAUAAACCAAAGUAAUUUUUCCACACUGUCAUUUGUUGUCUAUAGCUUUGUUCAUUGUCUAUCAAAGCUUCAUCAUAUGACUCAAAAACUUGAUACCAUGAUUAUUGGCUUAACUUUGAAAUAUACUUUUGAUCUUAUAUAUUUCCAAAUGCUUCUACUCCAUUUAUUCGACAUCUUCAUCCUU